GAAACAGCAAGUGGACUUGUAUUUACAUUACGAUAAAGAACGUUUUAGUAGAAGGUUCAGGGUAAGGUUUAUUGCCGUUUUUAAAGGGUCAACUGACUCACUAUUCCCAUAAUAAAUUUAAAGGCUUCCGUUUACGUUUCCCUGAAAUGCAAAUCUGUUUUUUUUUUUCUUUUUAGCUUGAAUGUCAGACAGUGCAAAUGUGAUAUGCAGCAUGCUAUUCAAAUGCACUGGUGUCAGGUUGUAAGCAAAGAUAUUUGCUUCUUUAUUUGUCUGAAUACAUCCUGUAGUGGAAUUCAGUAUGUACUUCGUCAUGUCGCUGGUUAUUUUCAUCUUUGCAUUGUAAGAGAUUCAAGUUAAAACUUGUUUACUCAUUUUUGUGACUAGUUUAAUGAUUGAGUUUAAUGUAUUAAAUUAUGUCUGUGAAUCCACUAACCACCAAAAUCCCUCACACAUUUUGUAAUCAAAUAGAUUAAAUAGAUUUCAUGCUGGUUUGAAUACUUAAGAAUUUUGUUCUCGGCUUCUAAUCUAAACAGUCAGCUUCCCGCAUAUUUGGACUGUGCUGUUACAUGUUUGUGCCCCUUCAUUGCCUUGAAUUUCACAAAGUGUUCAGCAACAGUGCACACACUUUACACUUACUCUGAAAUUAUUAUUCGUCUGUUUGUGGCCAUUUAAUAAAGAGUUAAAUUAGUUAAAAUAUAUUUUUUUAAUUAGUUGCCCUAUGCAUAUUCUAAGAGUUAAAAUUUUUGCCAAAAGCAAUAUAACUUAUUGCUAGUUUCUUCCCUUCCUCUUUAUCUCUCCUUUCAAAUUCCUUUUCCAACAGAAGCCCUCCCCUUCCUUCACUCCCUUUUCUGCUCUCACUCACCCUCUAAUUGCAUUCGUGAACUCCAGAUCACAGAUCGGCUUUCUUCGGGACAUACUCUGUUUAUUAGCUAGGCAAGUCAAGCUCUUUGGUCCUGCUCAAGACACAGCAAGACCCUCUUUCACGAGGGUAAAGGUAACGUCCCAGCACUUCUCUUUCUACAUGUGCAGCGUGAAGGUGUAAAAGAUUAGUAACCAUGAGUUAAAAUACGGUUGCUUGUUUACUGCUUGCCAAAAUGGGGACUAGUAUGAGGCUAAUUCUUGGGGUGGUGAACUUGCUGCUCUUUCUUUGGCCGUGUGUGAGCACACAGCACUGUCCAGCCGGAAUAAUUCCUCCAGAACUGGACGGUCCUGAGUCCAUCCCUAAAUCUCCAGUUCAAGAUGGUUAUAUGUCGCCUAUCGUCCACUCCUUUUUGAGCUCUGUCCAACCCAACCCUUUCCCUAAAGAUCUAUUCAUUAAAAUUCUGAAAUCUCAGAGCACCGAUAAAGCAACAAUAAAUGAGGUUUUGCGCUAUGAGGUGGGAUUUCUGGUGUGCGUGGCCAUUGGGAUUCUGUACAUCCUCCUCAUGCCCUUAAUUGGCCUGUGCUUCGCUUGCUGCCGUUGCUGUGGGAAUUGUGGAGGCCGCAUGUACCAAGAGCAGACCAAAAGCAUCAAAUGCAGAAGAUGGAGUUUUUACUGGGCCACUUUUCUAAUCACCUUCCUUAUAUUGGCAGGGAAUAUUUGUAUGUUCUUAAGCAAUACCUACACCCACGAGAGUGUGAGCUCUGCACCACGUGAAUUCAACAAUACCUUAAAAAAUCUACAAAGCUACAUCACCACUAUUCCCAAGCAAAUAGACCAAGUGGUGAAUGAGAGCUUUGUUGCUGUGGAUAAUGUCACAUAUAACAUUAAUGAAAUUGGCCCUUUGCUUGGCAGAGAGAUCCAGAAAGAAAUAGAAGGCUUUAUUAUCCCGGCCCUGGACUCUGCUGCAGUGAUGGUACAAGUUGUUCAAAACACCAGUUUGUUGCUGUACACAUUGAAUGCAACACAGAAGGAGCUGGAUUUGCUACAGUCAAACCUGACUGGAGUGAAAGCUCGCAUGAACAAGACACUGCACAGCCCAGACUGCGUGCAGUGUGUCUCCUUGCACUCUGAACUGGACAAGCUGUCCCUGGACACAAGCAUUAAUAUAUCCAGCCUUAAUAAACUCCAGGCAGCUGUGGACCAGGCUGAGAAGACUGAUCUGAAUAUGCAGAUACAGAAAGGGAAAGCCUUCUUUGAAAGCAUUCCUGACAGGGUGACUACUGCAACCAGAGACAGCGUGCAGAAGGUUCAACAGGACCUUCAAACCAUAAAGAGCCAGGUCUCACAGGUAACCAGAGAUAUUCCACUUGACCAAUUGACUGAAUUCUCCAACACACUGAGUACUAUACAACAAGAUACCAAGCUGUACACACCCACGAUAGACCAGGCAGAGAAACUCAGGUGGAUUAUUGCAGUGAUCCUGUGCUGUCUCAUUCUUCUGGUGGUGGUGUGCAAUCUGCUGGGAUUGAUGCUUGGCCCAGCAGGACUGGUACCUAAAGAUGAUCCAACUGAUCGCUCUAGCACAGCAAACUGUGGUGGACUGUUCCUCAUGGCGGGUGUAGGCUUCAGCUUUUUAUUCUCUUGGAUAUUCAUGAUAGUCGUCUUGAUACUUUUCUUGAUAGGGGGUAACACGUAUACCCUCAUCUGUGUGCCAUGGAAGACCCAGCAACUCUUUCAGCUCAUUGACACUCCAGAUGUGAUUCCAGGAUUCCAGCUGUCUCAAAGCCUAGGACUAAAGAUUAACCUCACUAUCACUGAUGUGUAUAAUGACUGCCAGAUGAACAAGUCUCUAUGGAACACCUUACACCUGGAGGACAUUAUUAAUCUCAAUAACUAUCUUAAUGUCUCCAAAUACACAGGACAGGUGCAGGAGGCGCUUGAGAACAGCAAUAUCACUUUACCCAGCAUUGUUCUGCUCAAUUCUGAGACAAAGAAGCAACUGAUCAGCUUCUCUGCUACAGCCAGCAGCGUCAACAUCAGUAGCUUAAUGCAGAAGGUUACUACUCCAUCAGGAACAAAUCUUAGUUACAUUGCAGACAGAUUGGAUGCUUUGGUUAAUAUCCAGACCAAUGCUAGUAUAAAAGCUGAACUACAGAAUGAGGCAAAAGACCUGAGAUUCAUCCAGACUCAGCUUAAUUCCACCAUCAAGCAUCAGUUGAUGGAGUUAGACUCUGAAAUUGAGCGUUUCAGUGACAUAAUGUCACACAUCAAUGGUACUGUGGAGAAUGUUCUGGAGAAAGUCAGUUCUGCUCAGGAUGUUUUGAACAACAACACAACAGAAACAGUGAAAUCAAAAUUGACUGAAUUUGUAGACUGUCAGAUUGGAGUCUUUACAACGCUUGCUGAAUGGGCCAACCAAACAAUUACUGAGCAGGUGGGACGCUGUGGGCCGGUUGCUGUUAGUGUCAACACUGUAGAAAAUCUAUUUUGCUCACAGCUUGUGGACUCUCUGAAUGCCUUUUGGUUUAGUUUGGGCUGGUGCAUUGUCUUCCUCAUUCCUAGCAUUAUUUUCUCUGUUAAACUGGCCAAGUUUUACCGCCGGAUGAAGUACAAGGAUGAGUUUAUGGAUAACAUAAUGAUGAGCCCGAUCCCACGAGUCAAUCUAAAACCAUACUGAAAGGAGGAAGAAAAAUUACAGUACUGUAUAUUCAUUGUUGCCAUAAUAAAGGACCUUGGCACAGCCUGAGGAGACAUACACUGGAUGCUGGGUCUAAAAACUCAGAGCCUGGAAUUCUUCUGCUUUUGGAUAAAGGAGGAAAAUUUAAUGUGAUUUGGAAUGUGCACAUUCCAGACAUGCUUUAGAGAUUUUACAAUAAGUGAGAUCUCCUGAGUCAUGACUAUGAAUGCGUGCGAUCUAUCAGUCAGAGGCUUUUGAGUUAUUUUGGAUCACUGCUUUGUAUUUGCACUUUUUUUCACAGUGAUUAUGUACAAUAUGUGUCUGGAAUGCAUAUUGUUGAUUUUAUUUUUUAUUUUUUCAUAAUUAAUGAUAAUUGGUAACGAGAAUGAAAGCACUGCUUCAUGCAUUGCUGUAAUUUCAAUUGUUUAUUUCAGAUGUUCUGUCUUUAAUAAACCAUUACUACUGA